AUGGAGGAUUCAGGCAUCCAGCGAGGCAUCUGGGAUGGAGAUGCCAAGGCUGUCCAACAGUGUCUGACAGAUAUUUUUACCAGCGUUUACACCACCUGCGACAUUCCCGAGAAUGCUAUAUUUGGUCCCUGUGUCCUGAGCCAUACUUCCCUGUAUGACAGCAUAGCUUUCAUAGCUCUGAAGUCCACUGACAAGAGAACAGUUCCUUACAUCUUCAGGGUAGACACCUCAGCAGCAAAUGGUUCCUCCGAAGGUCUCAUGUGGCUGCGUCUGGUCCAAUCAGCCAGAGAUAAAGAAGAGCAGAACCUUGAAGCCUACAUAAAAAACGGACAGCUGUUUUACCGCUCUCUCCGAAGGAUCGCCAAAGAUGAGGAGUUACUAGUUUGGUACGGCAAAGAACUGACUGAGUUACUCUUGCUCUGCCCCUCUAGACCCCACAGCAAAAUGAAUGGGUCGUCCCCUUACACAUGCCUGGAAUGCAGCCAACGUUUCCAGUUUGAGUUUCCCUAUGCGGCGCAUCUGCGCUUCCGCUGUCCCAAGAGAAUUCACAGCGCUGAGAGGAGCCCCCAAGACGAACAGGGUGGCGGCGUGGGCACCAAGGAUCACGGGGGCGGCGGCGGGAAGGAGCAGCAGCCGCAGCCACAACAGCAGCAGCCGCAGCCACAGCAGCAACAGGAGGCGCCCUUGGGCCCCGGCCCCAAGUUCUGCAAAGCCGGCCCAUUCCACCAUUACCCGACCCCCUCCCCCGAGGGCAGUAACCCUCCUGCGACGGGUGGCGGCAGCAGCGCGAAGCCAUCCACGGACUUUCACAACUUGGCCCGGGAGCUGGAAAACUCCGGGGGAGGCAGCAGCUGCUCCCCGGUCAGGAGCCUCAGCAGCGGCAGCAGCGGCAGCGGCCACCAGGAGGCGGAGCUGAGUCCCGACGGCAACGCAGCGGGCGUGGGCAAAGGGAAGAGGAAAUUCCCAGAGGAGGUGGCGGAGGCAGGUGGUGGCGGGGGGCUGGCGGGGGGCCGGGGCCGCUUCGCUGAGCGGCCCCUGCCCGCCUCCAAGGAGGACCUGGUGUGCACGCCUCAGCAGUACCGCGCCUCGGGCAGCUACUUCGGCCUGGAAGAGAACGGCCGCCUCUUCGCGCCGCCCAGCCCGGAGACGGGCGAGGCGAAGCGCAGCGCCUUCGUGGAGGUGAAGAAGGCGGCCCGAGCGUCCGGACUGCAGGAGGAGGCAGCCGUCGACGGCGGGGUCGCAGCCGCCGACGACCAGGACGCGGGCAGCGGCGGCGGCUCCUCCACGCCCGUGGCCGCGUCGCCGGCCACUGCCGAGAAGCUGCUGGCCCCGCGGCCUGGAGGCCCGCUGCCCAGCCGGUUGGAGGGUGGCAGCCCGGCUCGUGGCAGCGCUUUCACCUCGGUGCCGCAGCUCGGCGGCGGCGGCGGCGGCGGCGCGGGGGGCGGUGCGGGCGCCGGCGGCGCGGGCGGCGCGGGCGGCGCGUGCGGCGGCCAGGGUGCCGCGUCGGAUGAGCGCAAAAGCGCCUUCUCGCAGCCAGCGCGCUCCUUCUCGCAGCUGUCCCCGCUGGUGCUGGGCCAGAAGCUGAGCGCACUCGAGCCGUGCCACCCCAGCGACGGUGUGGGCCCCACCAGACUCUACCCCGCUGCGCCCGACCCUCUGGCCGUGAAGCUCCAGGGAGCCGCAGAUCUGAAUGGGGGUUGCGCAGCCCUGCCGAGCGGCGGUGGCGGUCUUCCCAAACAGAGCCCCUUCCUCUACGCCACCGCCUUCUGGCCCAAGAGCUCCGCGGCCGCGGGGCCCCUGCAGCUGCAGCUGCCCUCGGCGCUCACGCUGCUGCCGCCCUCCUUCACCUCGCUGUGUCUGCCCGCGCAGAACUGGUGUGCCAAGUGCAAUGCCUCCUUCCGCAUGACCUCCGACCUAGUGUACCACAUGAGGUCACAUCACAAAAAGGAGUACGCCAUGGAGCCCUUGGUGAAGCGAAGGCGGGAGGAAAAACUCAAGUGCCCCAUUUGCAACGAGUCCUUCAGGGAGCGCCACCACCUUUCCAGGCACAUGACCUCCCAUAAUUGACACGGAAAGGACCCCAGCUAUUCAUGCGGCACGUAAACGCACAGCACAGUCAAGCCACUUGUGGGAACAAACACGUGAAGGCAUCCACCACCUCCGUGUGACUUGAGACGUUGCACCCAGAGAGAGAGUCACAUCACACACAUACUCUCAAACACAUGCGCUCCUCCAGUCAUUUCAUUGAAAUGUUUACCU